AGUGAAGGCAGGUCGCAGAGGGAUGGGCGGAGGUUCAUAGCGCUGCGGCGACCGUCCGUGGCCCCUCGUGACGCCGGAUGCACGAACUCCCGUCGACCUCCACGCGCCGUGUGAUUUCGCUUCCUCCCUGCCCGUGGCGCGGGGGGACGACGCGAUGAUUAGGACCCUAAAGGGCUCGAAGUCGCCGGGCGUUUUAUGAGUGUUGGGACCCAGGAGUGUGUGGUGUGCGUGACGCCAUCUGACAAUGUCUUCGGGCGGAAACGCUCGGCGGAAUGGUCAUAAACCCAUGAAGAUUCGGCUGACGGUUCUGUGCGCCAAGAACCUGGUGAAGCGAGAUCUCUUCCGGUUGCCGGAUCCGUUCGCGAAGGUGAGCGUGGAGGGUUCGGGUCAGUGCCACAGCACCGACACCUGCAAGUCCACGUUGGAACCCAGGUGGAAUCAGCACUACGAUCUGUACCUCGGGAAGAACGAUGGCAUCACGAUCACGGUGUGGAACCACAAGAAGGUGCACAAGAAGGGGAAGGCGGGGUUCCUCGGCUGCGUCCGCAUCAUGUCCAACGCCAUCCAUCGCCUCAAAGACACUGGAUACCAGAGGCUGGACCUGUGCAAGGCCGGGCCGGACGAUCCGGACACGGUGAGAGGGCAGAUCGUGAUCUCUCUUCUCUCGAGGGACUCCGGUCCCGGCUCCGGGAGUCGGAACGUGGUCGUGGAUCGUCUCGGGACGCCUAGGGCCACCCAGCAUCCCCCUGGAACACAGUCGCCGCUUCAUUGGGAGGAGAGACAGACCCCUUUGGGAAGAUUGUAUUAUAUCAAUCAUCACGCCAGGUCAUCUAACCGAGACAAGCAAAGCACCCCUUGCCGGCCAGUGAACGAGGUGAGUUCAUCUCAGGAGCCAAGACAAGAAGUGCCUUCUCCGGAUCAACAGGGACCCAGUCGAGCGGUAGCCGUCCAGAGGAGACACCGGAGCGUGUCCCGCGAGAGGCCUUCCCAGACGAGGGAAAGAGGGAGGCGAAACCGGGAGCAUCGGGCAUCAGUGGCUGUGAUGGAGCGAGGUAGGAGCCGGGAGAGGCGGGAGCGCGACAGGGAUAGGGACAGGAGACAGGAGGAAGGCAGGGAAGGACAAGAACAGGAAUCGCCUCCGGUUGCCUUGGGGGAGCUGUCUGCAGCUGCCCCACAAGAAAUCUCUCCCUCGCGGCGGAGGACUCGGGAUGCCUCCCGAGGAACCCCGGUCCCCCAGCCUGCCGAUCUUCCUCGGGGAUAUGAGAUGAGGAAAACAAUGCAGGGUCAGAUCUACUUCUACCACCAAGCAACAGGGGUGAGCACAUGGCACGAUCCGAGGAUCCCGCGUCACCUGUUGCAUCAUGCACCCCAGGACCUGGGUCCCCUGCCGAACGGCUGGGAGAUGCGGCAGACCGGGUCCGGGAGGCCGUAUUUUGUCGAUCACAACAACCGGACCACGCAGUUCACUGACCCCCGUCUUUCAAAUCCUCAGAUUCUCACUUCCCUUUUGAGCUCGACCGAAGGAAGGCAGUCGUUGCCGACGGGUGAAUCCCUGCAGGACUCGAGUGCGAAUCCCAGUGAAUCGCUUCCAAGUGAAACGCAUAGACCGGUCAUGGUCGAAGUUAUUGUGAACAACGGUGUCUCCAACGAAAACGCAAGUGAAGUGUCGGACCGAAACCGGUCGCUCCUCGCCGAGCUUGGUCUUGGCAGUUCGGCGGAGAAGGAGGAGAUGCUGCCCAAGUAUAAGCGGGACCUUGUGCAUAAAAUCAAGGCAUUGAGGGCAGAACUCCAAGCCUUGCAGCCUCAGAGCGGCCACUGCCGACUCGAGGUCUCCAGGGCCGAGAUCUUUGAGGAGUCGUAUCGAGGGCUGAUGAAGCUGAGGCCGAAGGAUCUCCGCAAGCGGUUGAUGGUGAGAUUCCGCGGGGAAGAGGGCCUGGAUUACGGAGGCUUGGCACGGGAAUGGCUCCACCUCCUCUCCAGACAAAUGCUCAAUCCAGCUUAUGGUCUCUUCCAGUAUGCACAAGAUGAUGGAUGUGCUCUUCAGAUCAACCCAGAUUCCAGCAUAAAUCCAGAUCACCUUUCAUACUUCCACUUUGUGGGGAGAGUGUUGGGGCUGGCCCUGUUCCAUGGACUCCACCUGGAUGGGUCUCCCUUCACCAGUGCCUUCUAUCGCAAGCUGCUUGGGAAACCCGUCUCCCUCGGGGACAUAGCCGACGUCGACCCUGAGCUCCAUCGUAGUCUCACGUGGAUCCUGGAGAAUGAUAUUACAGGAGUGAUAGAAAACACGUUUGCAGUGGAGCACUGUGCCUUCGGGAAGCUAACAAUCCGGGAAUUCAAAUCAAAUGGAAGGAAUAUUCCUGUCACUGAAGAGAACAAAAAGGAAUAUCACUGCACUCCUGAUUCGCCAAUUGUGAAGUGGUUCUGGGAAAUAGUGGAAUCCUACAGUGAUGAGAUGCGGGCACGCCUCCUUCAGUUCGUGACUGGAUCCUCCAGGGUCCCACUUCAGGGAUUUAAGGCCCUUCAAGGGUCGACAGGAGCGGCAGGACCCCGUCUUUUCACGAUCCACCAGGUCGAGGCGUCGACGGAGAACCUGCCCAAGGCACACACGUGCUUCAACCGCAUCGACAUCCCUCCCUACAAAUCCAAAGAGAGAAUGUAUGAGAAACUCACUCAGGCCGUGGAAGAGACUUGUGGAUUCACUGUGGAGUGACGAGAGACUCUUGUUUUUUUCCCCUUCCUUGCUGGGGGAAGGGCUAAUAUUCACAAAGAGUUGCUUGUGUUGUGUCUGGCUGCAAAAAAUACCAUGCAUGCACUCUGGUCUCAUGAAGCUUGUUCACAGUGGGCAAAAUUAUUGUGCUGGCUACUCAGAUUACUAUUGUCUGUGAAUUAAACAGACUAAAAUUAGAUUUAAGAGAUUGUUAGACAGGAGAAGGAUCCUGCCUUGGAACUGUCCUCGUGAGCUCUGAUGCCUGACACCAACUCAUUGGACACGUUUUUUUUACAUCAUUAGGACUGCUAUUAGUGCAAUAUGGAUUUUGCUGCAAUUUUAAAUUGACCUUUGUUGAUUUCUUUGACAAGUCAUGAAUUAGCAGUUUGUGAAGGAUUUGUGACAUCAUGAACCUAAUGAUUGAUGAUGGUGCAAAAGGACUCUUGAACAGUGUAUCAAGUACCCUAUUUAUUUGCAGAAAAUGCAAUUCAUCAUGACUUCCAAAUUUAGACACAUUUGUUGCCUUGUGUACUUGUAAAAUAUUGUGAAUCGUUUCGCGAAAACAUUUGGUGCUGCCUGAUGUUCUUCAAAACACUGUCAUAGUCCAGAGCCUGAUAUGAAAUCAGAGUGCUUGCACGUUACUAACAGCUGCAGAAACCGAAGAGAAAAGCAGUUGAUGGGUUGAACAUAGCCCUUUCCUCUCUCUGGAAUCUCUCCCUGGUGCUCUCUUCUCUUUUUUUUUUUUCUAUCUUGUACAAAAUAAGGUGACCUGGAUCCUUUUGUUCCUGCGUUGCUCAUGCUCAUGAUAUUUUUGACCUUUUGUGAAGUGCUUCCCUAUAAGUAAGACAAGAUUUUAGUCCCUCUUUUUUUUUGCCAAAGGCACGAAAAUGCCAAAUGAUGAAUUUUGUGGGGGCACCCAAAAGCCAAUUCGGAUGGUUAUGCUAUUUCAGCAAUUCAGCUGUAUCUGAUUAAUGACACUGCCAAGUGGGUCGUUCCCAGCCGUAACGAAGGAGUCAUUUAUUGCUGGGUUUUGGCCAGUUCGACUCUCGGCGCGUUCGUUCCUUUGGCAAACCGAUCUGGGAUUUUUCCGUACGAGCUUCCAAAAGGAGAAGCGACGCUCUUGCUCUGUGCUGAGUUUCACCUCAGAGAUGUCUUUUGCUUCAGUCGAUAUUGUUCUGCUCUUUGAAUAUUCUGAACAUAUAGAGACACUUGUAUUUUAUAUGUGCACUGCACAUGACUGAAUAAGAAAGAUUCGAAAC